AUGCGUCCUUCCUCUCUGGUCUUCGGCAUCAAGGGCAUCUUCCCCUUGAUCAAGAAGGAAUGCCCCCAGUCCAUCUACUACCCUCAUCGCUUCGCCUCUCUGAGCGGUUAUCGUAUCGCAAUCGAUGCCACUCUCCUCGUCCAACGCUUUCACUUUUCCGACGAUGAGCAUCCCGCCCGCCACCUCAUUGGCUUCCACCGCCUCAUCGCCGCGCUAAGGACAGCCAACGUCUACCCAAUCUUUGUCUUUGAUCACCUCACCUCGCGCAUAUCCGCCAAGGCUAGGGAGACGGAGAAGAGGAGGGAGGCUAGAGGAAGGGUGAGGGCGAGGAUGAGGGUGGAACUGAGGAGGGCUUGGAGAUUGAGAGUGCUGAACACCAGCUUGGGCAGGAUCAAGGAAUUGGACGAACAGGAAAAGGGCGUCGUCAGCAAUCUACUCAAGCUUUGGCGCGAGACAGAGAGGCUCAAAGAUCCGAGUGAGCAAGCACAGGUUGAUACUAUGAUGGACGACUUGGCCCCCAUCGACUCGCAAGGCAUCAGUGACUGGGAUUCCUUUCGGAUACAGCUGGACCAGUUGAGUCUGCCCACCAAGCACAGCAUCACACGCGCUGACGACACAUCGGAAGGCCUUCUCGAGAGUAUACUGUCCGGUAUCAAAGACGCCAGCACUCAGGCAAAUUCGAUCUCGCGUCUCGAUGCCGAUGUGCGGCAAGAUCUAGACGAGUGGCAGACCAUGUAUGAAGAUCAGACUUCUUCAGCCUACGCUAUUGCUGCACGCAUCGAUGACCUCCGUCAGGACUUUCAGAAGCUUCAGCAGACUCAAACCGACAGUAUUGCACCAUCGCAAGGCGUCACCACAGCUCCACGGCAUCCUCACACGGCAGCGCAGAUGAAGAUGGACGAGGUGGAGGAGAAGCUGUAUAACGCCUUGGCAGGCGGGGCAGAUAUUGGGUCACUCGAAGAGCCAGCUGAUCUCACUUGGAAGAUGGUCGAGGCCAAGAUGGAUGAGUCUAUAAAGGAGGCUCAGGAGGCAGACUUGGACAUCGAGCAGAGCACACGGGACGAAGGCGAUGACGCAGAGGCUACCGCGAGUCAAUCGAGCGAGGUGCCCACGAAGGUAGAAGAGCCGCCUGCGCAAGAGGCUCGCGAUCAGCCUCUGGCUUCGUUAGAGCUGAUACGGGAGCGCUCUCGCACACUUCAACGAAGCUACGCACGAUCCUCCUCGCCUCUCUCCUCAAACGUCUUCGACGACUGCGCCACUCUGUGCGCGCUCCUCCAAGUACCCGUCCUCUGGACAGGCUCGGGAUCACCUUAUGGAGGGGCAAAGGGGGAAGCAGAAGCCCUUGCCGCCAGUCUGGUCACCAUUGGAGAGGCAGACGCUGUAGCAACCGAGGACAGUGAUGUCUUGCUAGCAGAGGUGCCACUGAUACGACAUCUCACCGGUACCAAGAAGCCUAUGGAGCUAGUGGACUCGAGAGCGGCUCGAAUUGGACUGUUCCCGAUCAAGGUGGUAGAGCCAUCAUUGGCAGUCAAGAAAUCGCGUUCCCCCAAAAGCGACGAAGCAGAAGUGGAGAUGAGAGUCGAUGAACAAGAGACAGAGAGGCUCGCCGCACUGUCACGAGCGGACAAGCUCUCCCGCUAUGCCAUGCUCGAAUUUGCCCUCUUGUGCGGCACAGAUUACAACCGCACUAUCCCCGGUCUGGCAUCUCGCGGCGCCUUGCGACUAUUGAGGGAACACCAAACCAUCCGGGGAAUCCUCAAGAGUGGGGGUGCAGCGAGCAAGUACAAGCCUCCCGAGGGACUGGACUGGAAGGACUAUGGCGCUGAGCUUUCUAGAGCUCGCGCCGUCUUCCGAAACCCACCCGAUGCGAAGAGAGCAUUGCGAAUUGCGGGGAUCAAGUCAAGCUUACCUCAUGACGGCGAGCGGGAGGCUUCGGGCUUACUUCCACAGGCUGAGGAACAGAAGGACGUCAGCACGCUACAGCUUCCUCCACGCCCUCCCAUCUCAUUGAUAGACAGUCUGAAGCAGUCGUUGCAAGCGCAAUUGGAGGGGCAAAUCAAUGCUGGCGACAUGAGCGGACGACGGAUCUUUGAGAUCCCCGACUACGAUCGUCAUGCUGUCCGAUCUUUCCUCCGCACAAAGGGCCUAGGGAAAGGCCGAUCUACCUCGACCCUGAUGGAUCAGCACAUGCCCUCGAGUGUCAGUCAGGCACAAGCAGAAGAGUCGAUGAUGCACGAACUCGACCUUGUCCUCGCUGUGGAGGAAGGUGCAGGUCAUAACGACUCUACGGUCUUUGCUGCCUCGCGACCGGUCUCGGACGGGUUUGGUCAGGCGUUCGGAGGGGAGGUAGCUCAUGCCUCUUUUGGCUUCGAUGGAGAGCGAGCAGCGAGGGAGCAGCGGACACAUCCUGAGCCUAGGUGA